AUGUCAGCAGCAUCAAUAAAGUGGGUUAUUGGGUCUUCAUGCCUUCCUAGAACAUUUACUGUGAUAACAAAACAAUUCAUAAGCUUUCAACGACACCAUGUUCUACCUCAAGGACUCAGAUCCUUUCACAGUCAUGGCUCGUCAGCUGCAAGGUUGCAUUUACCUAGUAGAAUACCUGUUUCAACAGAGACCCAUAUUCUUUCGAAAGGCAGAUGUUGUAAAGGCAGUGGAUCAGCCAAGUCACCUAUGUGGUUCUCCAAACGAAUCUUCGCAUCCGCAGGCAGAAGAUACGCAAAGAAUUCCACUUCUCAGGUCAGCGAGGUUUCAGGACAAGCAGGGCAGCAUAUUUCAAAGGGCAACUCUAAAUCCAAGUUACCAAGAUUAGCAGAUGUCAGACGGCUGUUCGGUCUUGCAGAACCAGAGAAGUGGAGGUUAGCAGUUUACUUUUCUUGUUUAGUCAGAUUUAUACCUGAUGCUGAAACACUCAUCAUUGUAUUUCUCAUUGGAGGUCUGGCUAAUUUUGGGAGAGUCUAUAGUCUACAUUUGGCAAGUCAAAGAAUGGUGAAAAGACUGAGGGAGCAACUGUUCUCUAGAAUUAUGAGGCAGGAGAUUGCAUUUUUUGACAAGACCAAAACUGGAGAAUUGGUGAACAGACUUUCCACGGACACAUCUGUUGUAGCACAGUCAUUGUCUCAUAAUAUUUCUGAUGGUCUGCGCUCAAUCUUCCAGGCUUUGGGAGGCAUUGGUAUGAUGUUAUAUGUAUCAUCAAAGCUGACACUAAUUUCCAUGGGCAUUGUUCCCCCUGUUGCAGUUGCAUCUAUUAUAUAUGGCAGAUAUCUGAGGAACAUCACCAAGAAUGUUCAGGAUUCCUUGGCUGAUGCUACUCAUGUAGCAGAAGAAAGGAUUGCUAGCAUCAGGACAGUAAGAGCAUUUGCACAUGAAGAGAAAGAGCGGGAGUCCUAUUCACAGAAAGUAGAGAAGGUUCUCAGGCUUGGGUACAAGGAGGCUUUGGCACGAGGCAUUUUCUUUGGAUUUACAGGGUUCUCAGGAAAUACAGUAAUCAUCUCUGUAUUCUAUUUUGGAGGCCUCAUGAUGUUGGGUUCCAACAUUACAGUGGGGAAUCUCUCUUCAUUUCUUCUGUAUGCGGCUUAUGUCGGCAUUUCUAUGAACGGUUUAACCAGCUUUUAUACAGAACUGAAUCGCAGCAUUGCUGCAAGUCACAGGAUCUGGCAAUUGAUAGACAGGCAGGCUACAAUAGAAAGUACAGUAUCCGGUCUGCAGCCCAGGAGCCUUGAGGGUCAGCUGCAGUUCAACAGUGUGUCUUUCAGCUAUCCUUCCAGAGCUGACUUGCCUGUGUUUUCUGGUCUUGACUUGAGCAUUCCAGCCGGACAAGUGACAGCAAUUGUUGGACCUAGUGGAUCCGGAAAAUCCACAUUGAAGGUUUACAAUGCUGAAUUCUAUGACGCAGUUACUAGUUUCAUAACUUUGGAUGGCAUUGAUAUAAAAAACUUGGACCCCAGUUGGCUUAGGUCGAACAUAGGAACUGUCAGUCAGGAACCAACAUUGUUCUCAACAUCAAUAGCAGAGAACAUUGCAUACGGGGCUGAGAAACCGGAGGAAGUGAGCCUACAGGAGAUUUCCGAUGCAGCCAAGAAAGCAAAUGCUUUCAACUUUAUCACCAACUUCCCCAGCGGUUUUGAAACUUUGGUGGGGGAGCGGGGCAUCAUGCUUUCAGGUGGACAGAAGCAAAGGAUAGCCAUAGCCAGAGCUAUAUUAAAGAAUCCAAAGAUCUUGAUUCUCGAUGAAGCAACAAGUGCCCUGGAUGCUGAAAGUGAGUACCAGGUUCAGGAAGCUCUGGAACGUCUAAUGGUUGAGAAAACAGUGCUGGUUAUUGCACACCGCCUGUCAACCAUCAAGUCUGCCAACCGAAUUGUGGUGCUCAGUGAUGGCAAGGCUGUCGAGAGUGGGACCUAUGAGGAGCUGAUUUCUGUGAAAGAUGGGCUGUUCCGUAAACUGGUUGAGAGGCAGACAAUUACAAAAUAG